AUGAGACCAGAUGAACAUAAGAAGAAGCACAGAGCUGAAUACAAGAAAAAACACGGCAUUUGCAACAAGAAAACAGCUUCUAAAGAAGGAAAUGAUACAAAUAAAGAAGGCACUAAUGCUGAAACUCAGACAAGAGAGUUUGUAGUGGAAACUGAAGAGGUAAACAUAUAAAUGAUUGUUGAUCUGCAGGAUCUAUGAGAUCUACAACGUCUAUACGAUCUACAAGGUUUACCGCAUCUAUAAGAUCUACAAGAUCUGUACGAUCUACAAGGUUUACAGUAUCGAUAGGAUCUACAAGAUCUAUACCUAUCUAUAUCUCUUAGAAGUUCAUCUAGGGAGACACACCAUUUUGUUUUUUGUUCUAAGACUUUUUAAGUAGAAUUUACAAAAAAUAACUUUUAAAUAAAGUUUGUAUCUUCAAAUUAUCUGAAAUUAUGGCAUGGUUUUAGGAAGACCAGGCACAAUUCUCACGGAGAAAAGUCGCCAGUAAUUGGGAACGAUAUGAAGAACUUGAAAGUGGUGAGUUUAAUAAUCAGAUUCAGAUUGAUGGAAUUAGCUACAAGUUGAUCUCAGACUUUUUAAGCUCAGGUCCAAGUUUUUCAAAAGGUGGAUAAUCUUCCCUGGAUAAAUCUCUUUUCAGUGGAUGAUGCAUUUGGUUUUUCCACUACUUAUUCGCUGGAUAGCGCUUUAUCCAGUGGAUAGGGCUCUCCGACAUUUGAACAACUUGGACCAGAUGUGUUUUAGGUCCAUUAGAUCCAUUGCCCCAUUAGGUCUUGUGACUUGGUCAGUAUGGUUGACCAGGUUAGUGACCUGACCGAGAGGUUGGCAGAGAUGCCAACCUCUGGAGAUCUAAAAUCUGGAGACUCUCUCUUUUUCACUACCCCCCCUCCCCCCGGAAAUUCAAUAAACCACCUCCCCCUCCCCCUCUCCAUCCCCGACAAAGAUGGGAAUGACUAAGGACAUUAUAUGAAGUCUUACAUAAAGUACAUACUAUCAAAAUUCGCGUUUUGAUGCCAGAAAUAAUCUUUGUCAAUGACUAAAUACAUGUGCAAAAAUGCCCCAGAAACCGUACUACGAAUACGAAAAAUUCGAUUUUGCGCUAAAAAUGGGCUACAUCUCAAACUAACGCACAUAAAAGCUCAAAAGAUGAUUUUAUCCGGGAGAUAUGGUGACCCGUACGGGAGACCGGGAGAUUGGUGCCGUAUCCGGGAGACUCCCGGAUAAUCCGGGAGAGUUGGCAUGUAUGGGUUGGUGACCUGACCUAGGUUGGCAAAUUAUUAACCUGAUAUGGUGUAAAGGCCUCCUUACAUUUUUUGGCUUUACUAAUCUCCACUUUUCACCCUUUAUAGAAAGCAGUGAUGAAGAAGACAAUGUUGAAAACAUUCAUAAAAGAGGAGAAGAUUUUAGUGUUCUUCUGGAAAAAUCAGGUAAAGAUGCUGUUGUUUUAGUGCAUAGUAUACCAUCAUCACUUUAUAGGUGAAACAAAGUAAAGUCAGUAGAUUUGUAUUAUAAACGGUAAUUUGCAUCAUUGCCUGGCCUACAACUUUGAUUUGCAUCUAAUGAGCUAGGUGCAAGUUGAAAGUUCUUAAUGAUAAUAAUAAUAAUAAUAAUCAACUUUAUUUAACGAGGGUAACACGGUACAGUACUUCAACUGAAUAACAAGUGGCCAUAGGUUGAUGAUGCAGAUUUAAGCAAAAAUAUUGUGUGCUUGAACCUUUGUAUUAAACACAACAAAAAAUUCCUUUGUUUUACAUGACUAUCUACUUCUUGCUGUGAUUACAGUGAAGGAACAAGAGGAAAUGCAAGUGUUUGACCUUGUACCUGAUGUUAUUCAUUGUUAUUGAUUCCUUGAUUUACAUUAUUUUUAUUUUCAUUUGUUUUUGGCUAUGGUAAUGUAUGAUAAUGAGGUUUGAAACAAAGGAAAAUGAAAUUUAAACCUAGCCAUGCUGAUUAUUUGUGAAUAGUAAGGCUAGGAGACAGAGAAAAUUUAGAAUUAACCAAGGUUAGAAAAUUAACCAGGUUAUAUUUAAUUUUGUCCUAUAACGCAUGUAUUAAGCCUUUUGUUAUACUAGACCUUUGACUGAUUCGGUGACAUUGUUCUUUAGAAAACCCAGCAUCACAGUUUCGCUUCCAGUCAGAAAGAGAAUGGGAUCAAGAAAGUGAUGCGAGCACAAUAGAAGUAAGUUAGAGAAUGAAACAUCUGCUUCUUUCGAAAAAAUUCUGUCUGUAACGAAACCAAACUAGGUAUAACAAAUACACCUUCCUGAUUGGGCUGGAGUCAGUGUCAGAUCUACAGCCUGGCCAGGAACCCUAUGUCCUGAGUUGAAGGGUGGAAUAAUGUUGUAGGGGACUUAGUGUCCUGUUGACCUUAGUCUUUUAAAGACCUAAAGACCAGGAAUAAUGAUGAUAAUAUUGUAAGUAGCCAAGUUGCUUAUUACACUAAAUCUUCAAAUAAAGAUAUAAAUAAAUAGAUAGACAGUUUACAAGCAUAAAUUACAAACCAGGUCAUUUCUUGAUUAGCUGUAUGUUACUGUAAUAGCUCUAAGUAUUUUUUACUUUGAUACCAUGUGUGAUACCGUGUGUCAUGAAUUGGUGCUUACACAUGUACUGCUUCAUUUCUAUAGCUUUAGGUUUUUUCAUUUUGGUUAUUAACAAUAAGAGGUAUUAAACUUUCUUUCCAGGUCACUAACUCAACCCUAGAAGUUGAUUUUGGAGCAUUAGCAGUAGCCUUAAACUCUAUUCCUCUGCACAGACGUCUUGAUAUCUCUCCUGAUCAUGUGCAUGUGAGUAUAUGUCCCCCUUAUUUUUUUGUGGUUGUUGUGUUAGCAGUGCAAGUUGAUUGUAUAAACAACUUCUGUCAGUUACAUUAAUUAAAUAGCUGAUGCUUGAGUAACCUCCUGAGGACUUGAAGGUGAAUCAUCAUUAAAGAUAUGUGAUCUUAAACUUAUUUUAAAUCUUAUCAUAAUCUUUCAAAAGCGUCACAACAUCUUGAGUGAAAUCUUCUGACCAAUUUAGUGAUAUUAAACUGAUUACAGAAAUGUUUGUUUUUCUCAGCCUGAUCUUGUUAAAGAGUUUGAGUCAAAUGCCGAGUUGUGCAAAAAGGAUCAGUCUAUUCCCUCAGAUACAAGAAAUACUAAAACAACAACAAUGGCAGAACCAACAUCCAUUCCUAGUGAUACAUGCCUUCACGCAACCAUACUGAACAGCACAGAAGAUAAUCAGCAGAAUUUUGAAACAAAGACGUUUGAGAACUCAAUGGGUAACCGAAAACAUGUCACAAUAAACUCAUCUGGAAAAGAUGUGCUAAGAUCUGUAACACAAUCAUCAGGCACAAGUGAUCCUUCUAAGCUUCAGAAUGCAGAGGAAUUACAAACGUCUUUGAAAGAUGUUUUAAGAACUGCAAAUGCUACCACUACUACAAUUAAUAUUACGAGUGGAAAAAUGUUGGAGAAACCAGCUGAAAAUGAGGAAGAUGAUGAACUUGAAUCCCUGCUGUCUCUUGGGACACCAGGCAUGAACAGAAACAGUGAUUCAACUGCAGUACUGCAAAACAAGAGGGUGAGUUGAAUGGAGGAAAAUAACAAGGGAAAUUGAACACAUUGUUUGUGUUGUAAAAUAAUUGAAAGAUAGUUAAAUAGAUCUCUGGUAAAUGUUUUGUUUGGUACUAUGCAUCCCCUGUAGAAGUAUUUUGCCACUCUCUAGUAAUAGUUUUCCAGGUUAGCUUCAAACAUUGGCAAUUUUUCAGACCACCUUUCUGCUAGGAAUCUCUCAUAGAAGAAUUAUUUUUGUAAUACAAUCAACUCUGAGUCAAUCAAAUUUCUUUCCAGAAAAAUGUUCUUUUCAUUUCUUUGGUAAUCCCGUUUAACUUUGAAAUAAGACUUUGCUUAUAAAAGAAGAAAGAUGAGGUCAAAAAGGUGAUGUACUGAUGCUUCAGAGAUUUGGUGCUCUUGGAUGUGUACUUUGCCUCCCAAGUCCAUCAAUCUGCACCCCUGCCCCCUCCCAUCUGCUCCCCUCCUCAACCCAUCUCUGGUAAUUCCACUUAAAAGGUAAUAAUGUGCUUAAGUGGCGGUGACCUUAAGAAGGUCAAAAAGGUGCUAUACUGAUGCCUCAAAGAUUGGUUCUCUUGGAUAUGUAGUUUACUUCCAAGUCCAUAGUGCUUUACCCCUUCCCCCUCCCAUGCCAUCCUCUCCACACCCCACCCCAUCUCCUUGGCUUACUGCCAUCCCAAGGAUAAAGCAUUACAAAUGGUGAACUGCAACUUCAGAUCUAAGAUCCACAAAACCUUUUACCCUAGUGUGAACAAUUCAUUCCCCUUUGGGAAGAAGACUCAAGAGGAUCUAAUUCUAUAAUAAUAUACCUUCAACUUGUAAAUCCUAGGGUUAAUAUUGAAAACAGGCUUUUAUAUAAUUUUAUAGGAAAUCCUUUCUCAGAAAGCACUUCCUUCAGGAGUUAUAAACAGUGGUAAUCAACCUGCAAACAGCACUGACGAUGACCUUGAGGACUGGCUGGAUAGUGUACUGGGCUGAAUUUAUUGGAGGACGGCAUACAAAAAUAACUUUUGCAUACCCGAGAC